GUUUGCCCUGACCAUUUAAUGUACACAUACAAAUUGCCGUGGUCGUCGUUGGUUCAAAGUCUUCUUAUGAAGAGUGCUUGCACAAACAUUGGUUUUCAUGCGAAUCUCUUAGUACGUCGUUGGUCUUCAAUUAUUCAUCAUGUAUGGCCGGUGGUUUAAAAGAAACCCAUGUUAUGUGGUCAAGUACAUUUUGCUAGUACAAUUAAUCUCUCGAAGAACUGGAGCAGAAUGCUCUGUAGAUGGCCAUGGUAUGGGAAUGAAUUACCCAACAACAACAGCUAGUGGUACAUGGACAAAACGUGGAGGAAUAUCAUCUUAUGGCUGGGAUAGUCAGCAUCCAAUAGACCCUUGUAGUCGAUGCUCUAAUCGACCACAUCCAUUACCUGGUUCUCAGUAUACAACAAAUCCAUUUAAUGUGUAUAAUCCAAAUGACCGCAUUAGUAAUAUUGUCUCAGACAAUCGAAAUAAUAUUUAUAACCCAGAUAAUCGGGAUGGUAGUUACAAUGUUGGUAAUAGAGUUGAUGCACAUCAUGAGGAUAGGUAUAAUAGUUACAACACAGACAGACAUAUUAGCAGUUAUAUUCCUUCAAUUAAUCAAGGUAAUGGUUACAACACAGGAAUGACUAGUACUGACUAUGGCACAAAUAGUCAUGGAAAUAACUAUAACAUGAAUAAUUAUGGAAAUAACUAUAAUACAAACACUUUAAAUAGAAAUCCAGAUUAUCGAGGCAAUGGUUAUGACAAUUUGAGUCCUGAAUGGGAAAGAAGACACGGAAAUAAAAAAAACAACUAUAAUCAGGGUGUAGGAUAUCCAGUCAUUGUACAACAAGGGGCGUCUUCACAAGGAGGAUAUGGCCCUAAUGAUCGCUGGGAUACAAAAGGAGGUUAUCCUGUUAAAGAAAACUCAGGUUAUUGGCAUAGCCAACCUCCUAAAGAUAUUGGCUGGGAUGAAGAUAGUAAAAAAGUAGGAGUAGUGGCUGGAUGGAUUGGAGGCACCUCUCCUAAUAAAUACGAAAAUAGAAAACCAAUAAAUUCUAUUAACUACCAAUCACAUAAUAAAGAUGAUGAUUAUUUUAAUAAAGGAACCGGCUACGAAAAUUCAGAUUCAAAAAAGCCUUUAUUGGGGUGGGGUGGUUCUGGAUCAUACGAAGUUAUUAAAAUGAACCACGGCUACAAAUAUGUCGACAGGAAUAGUAACGUGGAUUACGGAAUUCAAUCAUUAGGUAAUAACUAUGGCUAUGGGGGUCAAAAAUUUAAUAAUAAACCAGAGUAUAAUUCAAAACCGGUAAAUAUUGAUAGACCUUAUGAUUAUGGAUCUAGGCCAUCGACAACAGAUGGACCACAUCAUAACUAUGAAGUUCAUAUAAAUAAUAGACCUACAUAUAAUACAGAUAAAUUUAAUCAAAACUACGAUACGAGUAUAAAUAAUAGACCCAUGUACAAUGUUGAAAGACCUAGUCAGAACUAUGAUCUGAAUUCAAAUUAUAAUAGACCUUCUUAUAAUACAAGACCUACAGAUUGGAGUACUUCACGUCCAUUAACAUUUGAAGUUAGACCAGACUGGAAUUCUCAAAAACCAUAUUAUUCUAGUAGUCCUUCUAGACCUUUUCAACAUUGGGGUGAAAACUCUUAUAAUAUGGCACCCACUGGGCCAGGAUAUGAACGGCCAAUAGUUGAUGAAAGACCUCAUUAUGAAAACUUUCUAAACAAUAGACCAGAUUAUGGAUCUCAAAGACCAAGUGUUGAUAAAUUCAGCUCUUAUGAUUAUGGUAGACCUCAAAGUAUGAUGAACAAUAGACCUGGAAAUGAUUACGAUCGACCUUACACAAAUGAUAUUUAUGCAUCUCAACAAAUGGGAUCAGGAUAUGGGAAAGGAUAUGCAUCAAAUUGGGAUUAUUAUUCUAACACGAGAGAUACUACUAAUAGAUGGAAUGAUCCACAAAGAGAAUAUUUACAAAGAAGACCGGAUGGAGAAGUGAUACAGUCUGAUUCUAAUCCAAGACCUUCGGAAUCUACUCCUAUUCAUUACAAUGGACACAGCGGCAUUGGAGCUUCUACAGACAAUGGAUUUUUGUAUAGAACUCCAUCAACUGUCGGUUCAUCUACAACACCUAUUCCUACAACUUCUUCAUAAACUUAUUAUUAUUGAAAAAUGUAUACCAAUUACUGUUUAUCAAUUUAUGAAUUACUAUUAGAAUAUAUCGUAAGUUAUUUCUGAACAUAAAUUUACACAAAUUAAGAAUGUGUUUAAUAUAAAAAAUAAUUAAUAAUAAUAAAUUUUAAUAAUAACAAAUAGUGUAAUAAUAAAUAUUGUAUAAAGUAGUGCCACCAGGGACGAGAAGAUUGUAAUCCUCUUUACUCUAAACAAAUUCUAGUUCCACCACUGACUGUAUAAUAUGUAUGUAAUCAAAAUAGACUAAUAACUUUUAUCUUAUAA